AUAAUAUUCAAACUAUGUGGUACCCCAGGGUUUACUUUAGCGGACCUGAGCCACGUGAUGGGUUUGCUAUGACAAAGUGCUUCCCCUUCGAAAUAAGGAAAAGCUUCUGGAUAGACCACUCGUCCAUAACUAUUUUGCGUGUUCAUUUUGUAUUCUCAGAGGUCUUAAAAUGUGGUAUCCUUUCGUUGUACUUCUUGUUCUCUCGUCUACAAUUGAUGUAUCAAACCAGGAUGUGAUUGAUAACAUACUAAUAAGUUUAUCCAAGGGAAUUACAUACUUUGACAUGCAGGGCAGAAACAUCAACCUGGAUGGUGUUGUUGGAUACCUAAUACUUCAAGCGCAGCUUCAGGAGGCAACGCGCACUUGGCCGAAUUCAGAUUUCCCGAGUCUCUCUCAGCGCGCAGCUGCUGUUUCUAUGUUGAAGAGACUGAACAAGAGCCUUUCUACUGCUGUCAUCGCUCUUCAGGAGUCAGACCCCAAAUACUUCAAAGAGUUUGAGCCCAUUUUGGAUAGUUCCUUUUGGUCCCUGCCUACAGAAUGGAGCUCCACCGAUCCCUCACUUGUUUAUACCUCAGUGAGGUCUAUGGAGUGCUAUGAUGAGCAGUUGAGUGACAAGUGCAUAACUCUCCUUCUAGGAACAUGGAAAGACAAUGGAACCCCAUGUAUUGUGACGAAGUCUUGUAGAGACACAAUGACACAGUUUGGAUGUCCACACUAUUCUUUGUCCCACCAGCUACUGUACUUCAUGAUAGGAACAAUGAAAGGGUGCUCCAAAAUGCUCAAAGGGGACCUGAGAUUGUCUCGUGUCAACAUAACUGUGGAACAUUAUAAGAGAAUCUUCUGCUCCAACAUGAUGAAAAGCAACCAGGAUAUUUUCAAAAAUGCGAUUACUGGCCAAAUGCAGGACAUCUUUAUAGAAAACAUCCUUUUAUGUGGUUUAGUGGGAUUCUCAGACUUCUAUAACUUGGACUGGUUACAGUCUAUUCUAACAUGGCAAGACCAAGAAGCAGGCUGUUUUGGCAAAGAAGAGGAUAUCUCCCAGAUCUUUGAAGAAUUCUUGGAUGCACCCCACAAACGGGUGAAAAGAAGAGAAAAAACACUGACAGAUGGCUGCUCAAGUCAUAUGACAGGAGUUGCAGUGAGUGCAUUAGGAGGUUUUCUCAACUAUUACCUUUCAGAGCAGGACAUAACGAAGAGACCCAUAAUUUAAGGGACAUGCUUUAUGAGCUAAUGGUUACAGACCCCAAUUUCCUUCUUUAUCAGAUUUUAUAGAUACAUUUGGGAUUUAUAAGUUUUCUGUGAAUGUGUAGUAGAUUUAAUGCUAUGUAGGUAAAACAACAUAAUUCAAAGAAAGGCAGAGAAAGGUGAAUUAUCUUGGAAAACCAAGAAAAUGUAUACUUUUUAUCAUAUACAUUUCUUAUUCAGAAGAAAAAUAACCAAACUAUACAAUUUUAAUGAUAAUGAACUGUGCAUAAAGUGUUUAAUAUACAGUAGGCAUAUUCUAUUAUUUUACUGCAAACAGAGGUUGGUUUAAAUAAAUAAAAUGUUGUUGGUGAAUAUUUUAUCUUAGUUUAAACUUUCAUGUUUUUGGAGGGAGUGGACCCCUGUGGGUUCAUUAUUAGAGCGAAUGCAUGCUUAAAAAUGCAUGUUUGACUUCAGUCCAGAAACAGUAUGAUCUCUCCAAAGCUGCUUAGAAAGUAGACAUGUUGAGAUGUCUUAUUAGUCAGUCCACCAUUCAUCCAUGAAAUCUUUUUUUCAGUCAGAAAACGGUGGCCUGUAAUGAAUAUUUGCCCAAUCUCUUGUUUCAAUAUAGCUAUAGGAUGUUUUAUGAUUACUCAUUCCAUCCUGUGACUUUUAUCAGGCAUGAUUCAUACGUGAACGGUGUUCUUGCCAAUGUGCAUGCGGUCCUCCUCCAGAGGCGGCUCAAUGAUUGCAGGCACAUAUUUUCCGUACACUAGAGGAGAGGGUAAAAAUAAUAAUAAUAAUAAUUAAUCCCAUGGAGAAUCUCAGGCUUGAAAAUUAAUUAGCAUCUCAGCUUUUAAAACCCAGCAUUUCAUCCCCACUGAAUUAAACAAUCAAAACAACAAGUAAUCACUGGAUUAGAUUUUGAUACUUUGCGUAUUACUGGAGGAUUACAGCUCUGCAUUGACACAGUCCUGCUACAUAUGAAACAGGAUACAGUGCCCGUUUUAAAGCUUCUAUCUGUGGGAUCAAACCAUCUCUUUAGAGGAUAUACUUACAUUCACAGUGCUCAAGGAACUGAAUGCACUCUUUUACCACUGAAUCCCUGAGCAUGAUCAUGUGCUUGGCCAUGAUUUCCAGCAGUGAGAGAAAACAUCUCUUAGCGUAAAACCACGUGUCUGUACCAAGCUGAAAUCAUAGGAUGUCAGAAAACAGACAGUGUCAUAUCAAGCACAAUAACAACAUAAUAUCACGUGAAAAUCACAUGAGUAAAACCAGUAAACAUCAGCUGAACUUGAGACUAAAGGUAAAUGCAGUGGCAAUCCAGUGCUGUACAUCUGCUACAGUAUCAUGAGACCAGGAAUGCUGAGGUCAUUGAGUAACACUGUUUAUGCAGCUGGAAAACAGCAAAGACCUCUUCAGUGGAUAUUUGUGGAUACACAAAAAUAACAUGUUGAGGAUGGUAACUGAGCAGGACUAAGAUAAAUACAGCAAGUAAGGAAUAUGAAAGUUUAUGUGCUGUCUGAACUCAACUAAAUGAAAAAACAUUACAUGAAAUAUUGACUACCUUUUUGUUGUAUGGCUCAAGACUCUUUAUCACAAGAAAUGCCAGUCAUAGUUCCCUUUAGCACAAUACAAAGUCUUUUAAGAAAUUAAGUGUUUUAGGUUUGACACGUAAUUCACAUUGAGAAUAGAUGUCUUUAAAAUGAAAGGCAAGGAUGAUCUCAUUUUCUUUUGACAUACAAAAGAUUUAGGGUCUAUAAGAUUUUCAAAAAGUUUUAUCAAAGAAAAAUACACUUUUAAUUAAUGUGAUGGAAAGCUGAAUUCUCAGCAGUCAUUA